AUGCGAUAUCACUACCCUAAUGACUCGGUCGCCGACCAAGCCAUUUUACCCCGCGGUGCAGGCCUGCUUCCCUAUAUCUCGGCGCAAACGAUCGACUACGUCAACGGCACGAGCGUUGAUGGCUAUGCAAACGACCAGCUGGCACCAGACAGGACGCCGACACUGUACACUGGCGACUUUGGCGACUGCCUCGGCGGGGAGAGCUUGCUCAACAUCACAAAUUUCGAUGCCGCGUUGUACUGGGACAAUGCCACGAUCCUCUUGCAUCUGGACGGCAGGACCAACAUCCGCAGCGAGGAGGUCAUGUUGCACUUCUCGCUGGACACGUAUGGAGAGAGCAGGUUCAGCAAGAUCAUCGACCCCUGCCAGAAUGGCAUGACCAGCCUCUGCCCGAUGCGGGCGAGCCAGACCAUCGGGGCGGCAGGUGUCUUUCCCGUCACAGCGGACCAGGUUUCAGCUUUUCCGCCGAUGACAUUCAGCAUGCCGGACGUGGAAGGCCUGGCACGGGUCCAGAUCUUUGCCAACUCGUCCAAGACCGAGAUCGCGUGUUUCCAGGCCAGCCUGAAGAACGGCAAGACUUUCUCCCAACCCGCUGCGGUUGGAUCCACGCUCGCCGUGUUCACCAUCGUUGCCAUCAUCGCGUCUUUUGCGACAGCGGCUUAUGGCGUGAGCAUAGUGCACAUGCGUACUCACUAUGCCCACUCUCUGUCCGUCCUGGUCAUCUUCGAGACGUUCCAGUCAAUAUUCUUGACCGGUGCUCUGUCCUUGCGGUGGCCCACGAUUCUGCCGGCUUGGUGGAGCAAUUUUGCCUGGGCCUCAGGUUUGAUUCCGUCGCCUGAGAUCGUCAGCAGCGUGAACUCGUUUGCUGGGGUUAGCGGCAACGCCAGUCAGGUGGGCGGAGCAGGAUCUACCGUUCUCAACAACAAUGGUGGCUUGACGCAACUCAUUUACGGCCGAGCAUCAUGGAUGGGAAUGUCCAUCGGCCCCGUUGGGUCGUACAACGAUGCCUGGAAUGGGGCACCGGUACGCCCAGGUCUGCCACUUCCAGGAGACUCCUGGGGCUUCCCAGAGACCCUCUCGCCGCUCGCUUUUGUUGUGGCGUUAAUCUGGACACUCGUUGCCAUCGCACUUGUCCUCUUUUGCUCCGUCGUCUUCAAAGCCGCCCUGGAAGGGAUGUGGCUCAAGCAAGACCGGCUGCAAUUCUACCGAACGGGUUGGCUGCGCUACCUGGCUAUUGCUAUUCUUCGCGCGAGCCUGAUGGCAGUCUUCCCGAUCAGCACUCUGGCCUUGUACGAGUUCGCAACCGGCGAUGGAGCAUCUGCGGUGGCAGUCGCCGCCGUUGUCUUCGUCAUCUUCCUUGCAGGCACUUGUUUCCUUGUGUGGCAUGCUCUUCACGCGCGUUUCCAAAAUGGCAAGUUUGCUUUGGCGACUGAUCGAAUUUUGCUACGCCCGGCGCGGCUUUUCAGGGUCAUCCCGUUUAUUGCUCCAGUCCGGUUGAGUCAAUUGAAGGAGUCCGAGUUUGCGACAAAACCCCGUGGCUCACUGCCUUUUCUCCGCCUUCACUUCAUCGACGAAAACCCGUCGCGACGGAAUGCCCACCAAGAUGAGCCCUAUAUCAUGCGGCAUGGCUGGCUUUCAGCGCGCUACCGCAUUUCGAGAUGGUGGUUCUUCGCUUGCUGGGCCGCAUAUCAGCUGGUGCGGGCAUGUUUUCUCGGCGGCGCCGCGGCGAAUCCACUUGCUCAGGUUUUUGGCCUUUUCCUGGUCGAGGUCCUGGCAUUUGUGAUUCGGAACACAGCUCUGGCCGUCUGGCUCCUUGGCUUGGCAAAGGUUCUUACAACUGGCAUGUCGAUUGCCUUCUUGCCCGACUUCGAUCUGAAUCGCAUUGUGACGACCGUCAUUGGUGCACUACUCACAACAGCCGUCGUGGUUCUGAUUAUUAUUGGCUGCAUCUCGACAUGGAUGUCACUUUAUCGCAACAAGGAAUACUUUGUGACAGACAAGCUCGACGACCUGCGCAUCCGGUACUACGAUCACAUGGCCGAGGCCGCCAAGGACGAGAAAAAGCCGUCAUACAAGCGGCGAUCAAAGCCAAAGAGCACAUACAUGGUGAACUCGAUGGCCACAGGAAAACAGCCCGAAGCCACGCCCGAGCAGCCGAUAGAUAUGAUGAACCUUCCACUCCCGCCACCGAUGUCACGGCACCACAAGACGACACAUUCGUUCUCCGUUUCGCACGUCCGCCGGCUGUCCAAGAUUGAGGACGAGGACGACGAGCCAGUCGACGAGAUCAAGCCAGUAGCUUUCCCACCCGCGAUACGGAACAGCCAGCUUCGUGGAGGGACUCGCAGCCGGACUACGAGUGUCAGCUCGAUCCACUCAGCAUCAAGUCUGCCACGCGGUGCUCGUCCUCACCGUGUCUCGUGGAGCUCGUAUGACUUCACCGCUGGGCGCCAGGAGCGAAGGCCGAGUUCGGCGAUCGUGGCUGCUCAAUUAGAGCCAACGGUGGCGAUGCCAUCUGAGAGUGGUAGUUCAACGGCACAGGGGCGUAAUGAGCCGGGCCCCGAAUUUGAUUUGGUGCCAACCACAGCGUCACCAACAGAUACAUCGCCAGUAUCCCCUGCUACGCCUCCAGAGUUGGAAAAGCCCCUACCGCCAGCUCCCGAACAGACCGAAACGCCAGCGGCAGAGGAUGAGGCGGUUCACGGAGAAAAUCUCGAAAAUGCGCCGAGGUCAAGCACGGAACAGCAGCAACUACAGGCAGAGAGGGAAGCAUUGGGACCACCGGUGGCCUGA